AUGACUCACAGUCUGUACCCCUUUUGUCCAACCGCCGACGCAAAUACAUACAUUUCUCUAUGCCCAUGUGCAUACAUUCUUCCCUCGUCAUCCGCCAACAGACGGACAUGCAUACAGCCUUCGUCACGUCUGCCGACACAAUUACGCAAUCCGAAUGCGCUCCAAACGACCUGCCCGAUUCGGCACAUGCAAGCCUCUUCUCUUUCAACUUGCGCUCUAUCCCCAACGGGCCUCUGCAUUUUUCACUCCGCCCUCCAUCACAUCCUCUGA